CGGACGGACACGCACGCACACAAGGGGCACUGGGUGUGCAGCGACGACCUGUACGAGGAGUCGACUGGCGGUGGAGGCGGAGUUCCAAGAACAGCCACCCACGCGCGAGAAGUACUCCCAGGUCGUCUUCUCCCUCGAUCCCAUCUCGUCACCCCCCUUCUCCGAUCCGAUCGGUCGCGGAGCGCUGCGUUUCCCGGCUGCACAGGUUUCUUGGGGGCUUUCUUUAGAAGCGAUUCGUUUCCCGGGUCUGCCCUCGGAUUGAUCAAGAAAUGGAAAAGCAAACCCUGGUUCCCCUGUUCUUCAGGUCGUAGUUGGCAUCUGUUUCUCGGAACGUGCGAUUUCUACCACUCCAAAUUGCAGUCUCCAUGUGAGCUGGUGCUAAUCUGACUACUUUCUGAUACUCAAUCCUUGAUCCGUUUCCCGAUCCGUGUUACCUCUUGUCAGUUAGAAGUUCAGAACCAGAUGGCAUUUGGGAACUGUGCGAGUGAUUGGGUUUAACUACGAAUCUAGGGGACACCGUCAUGGCAUACUUCCCAGAGGAAGUGGUGGAGAAGAUCCUUGGCUAUGUAACCUCGCACAGGGAUCGCAACGCCACGUCGCUAGUGUCCCGGGCAUGGUACCACAUUGAGCGCCGUAGCCGCCGCUCGGUGCUUGUAAGCAACUGCUAUGCAGUGCGCCCAGAGCGUGUGCUUGUGCGGUUCCCCAGCAUGCGCUCGCUGAGCGUGAAGGGCAAACCACACUUUGCUGACUUCGACCUUGUCCCGGCGGGGUGGGGCGCCACGGCUGAUGCAUGGAUGGAUUCGUGUGCCCGUGCGUGCCCUGGCCUUGAGGAGCUCCGGCUGAAGCGGAUGGUUGUGACUGAUGAGUGCCUCAAGCUGAUUGCUGGCUCUUUUACCAACUUUAAAUCACUUGUCCUUGUCAGCUGCGAGGGGUUCAGCACUGCUGGCCUUGCUACUAUCGCCACCAAUUGCAGGUUUCUUAAGGAACUGGACUUACAAGAGAGUGUUGUGAAACCUCGAGGCCAUCAUUGGCUUAAUUGUUUUCCAAAGCCUUCUACAGAACUAGAAUCCUUGAACUUUGCUUGUUUGUCUGGGGAGGUGAAUGCUUCUGCAUUGGAGAGGCUUGUUGCAAGGAGUCCGAAUCUUAAAAGGCUAAGGUUGAAUCGUGCUGUUCCAUUUGAUGUUUUGUACAGAAUACUUGGUCGCACACCUAAGCUGGAGGAUUUAGGCACAGGAUCUUUUGUAAGAGGCAAUAACCCUGCCGCAUAUGUCAGUUUGUUCUCUGCUCUCGGAAAGUGCAGUUCACUAAAGAGUUUAUCAGGUUUUUGGGAUGCUACGGGCUUUUUUCUUCGAGGAAUUUUUUCAGUCUGCAAGAACCUUACAUGCUUGAACCUCAGCUAUGCUCCAUUGAUUCAAAGUGCCGAUCUUAUCAAUAUAAUUCGUCGGUGUACGAAACUCCAUGUCUUAUGGCUGUUAGAUCACAUUGGUGAUGAAGGAUUGAAGGUUGUGGGCUUUUCUUGUCCAGAUCUCCGAGAGUUGAGGGUAUUUCCCGGUAAUGCAAACACAACUACUGUGACAGAGGAAGGGUUGGUUGCCAUAUCUUCAGGCUGUCGAAAGUUACAAUCUGUUCUCUACUUUUGCAAUCGAAUGACCAAUGCUGCACUGAUUACUAUUGCAAAGAACUGCCCACAGUUGGCAUCCUUCAGACUAUGCAUUCUCGAGCUCAGUUCAGCAGAUGCUAUGACAGGACAGCCACUGGAUGAAGGCUUCGGUGCAAUCGUCCAGUCAUGCAAAGGCCUUAGGCGUCUCUCCAUGUCUGGCCUCCUCACGGACUGCGUGUUCCUGUACAUCGGCAUGUAUGCCGAGAAGCUGGAGAUGCUCUCAGUGGCAUUUGUGGGGGGUAGUGACGAUGGUAUGGUCUACGUGCUUAAUGGCUGCAAGAACCUCAAGAAGCUGGAGAUCAGGGACAGCCCCUUCGGCGACACCGCCCUCCUUGCAGGAGUGGACAAGUACGAGGCGAUGCGCUCGCUCUGGAUGUCCUCCUGCAACAUCACCCUAGGGGGCUGCAAGACCCUAGCGGCGAGCAUGCCUGGUGUCAACGUGGAGGUCAUUAACGAUGCGGGAGCCAGUAUCGAUGAAGCGGAUGAGGAAUCCAGCAACGCGAAGAAGGUGGAGAAGCUGUAUCUCUACCGGACGAUAGCUGGACCCCGUGGCGAUGCCCCUGGAUUCGUCUCAAUAUUGUAAGUGCCGAUGCCCCUGGAUUCGUCUCAAUAUUGUAAGUGCUAGUACCGUAGCAGCUAAAGAUGGUUCUUCCCUGAACCUUGGGUUCCGGAUGAACUCAGUGUUCUGAACCGUGUCUACCGUAGUUUUGCUACCUUGUAGCGUUAACUUAAACCUUGGUGCUUUGUGGACCUUUUGCGCAGGACAUGUAUGACCGUAACUAAUGUUUAUGUUUAUAUGCUGGUUGGCACUCUGUUUCAGUA